UGUCUCCUUCAUCUCCUGCAGAAUGACCAAUACCACACCCUUCACCUGGUCUGUAACUUGAGAAGUGAAGCUGAAUCUACCCAGGCAGCAAAUAUGAAGGAAGCAGCUGCACCUACAGCCUCUGGCCAGGAAACCCUCACUGUCCCCACGUCAGUAACUGCAGACAGCCUUCGGCACAGAGGAUCCAGCUCCUUCCCUUGGUUGUAUGGUGCCUGGCCGGCAGGAGAAGAGCUCCAGAGACCAGCAGGAAUGUCUGGUCUAGCAGCGUACAAUCUGUACAGCUCUCAGCAAAUAGUUUGGCUCCAGCAGAUGUAUGCAAGACAGUACUAUAUGCAGUACCAGGCUGCAAUUGCUGCUGCAGCUGCUGCCACUAACUCUCGGCAGCAUCCAGUGGUCGCCCCGGGGACGCCUCCAGUGCUACCCAACCAACCCCCUCUGGUCAACCUUCCAGCAGAUCGGGACGCCCCCCUGCCUCAACUCAACAACCCGCCGGCCAACCAGAACCUCCGGAUGAAUGCUCAGGGGGGCCCAGUGAUGGACGACGAUGAUGAGUUGAACCGCGAUUGGCUGGAUUGGCUGUACUUGGGUGCCCGGGCCUGCUUUUUCCUCAGCAUCGUCUACUUCUACUCCUCUCUAAGCCGUGUGGUGCUGGUAGCCAGUGCCAUUCUGCUGAUAUACCUGCAUCGUGCUGGUUGGUUCCUAUUUGGGCAUCCAGCACCAGUACAGCCAGCACCAAAUGCUGAAGUGCCAGCAGAGGAAGCCAAUCCAAACCGUGACCAUCAAGAGAAUCUGGAUUACCAAGAGACUGUGCAAGAAGAGAGUGGGACACCAGAUCGAGAAAUCGGAGGAGAAAAUAACUCUGGACGCGGUGAGAUCACAGAAGCCCCUGUGGCUCUGGAGGUUGAGAUGAAUAGAACGACACUUGCAAAUAAAGCCUGGGUGUUUUUCAAAACCUUCUUUGCGUCGUUGAUCCCUGAAGGUCCUCGGGUUGUGGCGAACUAAUUCCAAUUGCACACCGAACUGCUGUGCCUUUUAUAAAAUUUUAUUUUUAGAGGAAAAAAAAGUGCAAUCCUAGUUCAGUGUUUCCGGGCUUUGUGCAAAAAUGAAGUCACUGUUUCUGCUGCGACUGGGUCU